AUGGUCGAGCCCCCGUUUAUCCAACUAUCGGUAGAAGGAAAGGGUGAUAUUCCAGAAUGGAAUGGGAAUACGACAAAAGUGUCUGCCAACCCAGAUAAAACCUUUACAGCCAUUACUGAAGUAAAGCAAAAGUUUCAGACGGUUCAGGGUAUUGCAUCACAUAUGCGCAUCGUGCAAACCAGUAUAUUGUGGCAAGUUGAUCAUAACGUUGAAGUCAACGAUAUAAUAGGAAAUUCUGUCUGGAUCUUGCUAUAUUGUUGGAAGAGGGAUGUCCUUUCGCAUCAUCGAGUCGCUGUAGCAAAGGCUCAAAGGCCCACUCAGCAUGCAAACCUCCAGCAUGGAAGUUUGAGUGCUCUGUCAGGCUUCGAUGAAAGAUCCGUAGACACUCUGCUUUGCUGUUUGAUCCCUUCGUUAAUGAACAUGAACCUGUGA